CAGCAGGUAAAGCCUUUCUUUGCUCACCUGUCAGCUGGAAGAAAUGCUUCAUGCGCUGUGUGUAUGCGCAAGCAAUGCUUCAAUGCGCAAAGUAAGGGACCCUCUGUCUGCUGCAGAAGAAAGGAUGGAGUUUGUGCAGAUUCGGGGGGCAGCGGGGGGCCAUGCCGGUCCUUAAAAACCCCUACAAGGCAAAGAUGGCCAACGGGGACUCUGCCGGCGGGACGCUCAUUCUGGACAAGGAGGGCUCGGGCCCCAACCCCUUUGAGGAGGACCUCGAGGAGAACGAGCGGGCCGCGCUCCCACCUCCGAAGGGCGACCGCCGCAGCGAGACCUUCUCGCAGGGCCUUUUCAACGGCAGCCCCGAAGAGCGCUUCCGGCGCCGGGCCACGCUGGAGCGGCUGGUGGGCCUCUCCCCGUUCCGGAUGGGCAAAGGGAAGAAGAAAUCUCCCGGGGAGAAGGGCCUGGACCGGCGCUCCUUCUUGGGCCGUAUGAUGACCCCGCUGGUCGACGGCAAGCCGCGCCGCUCCUCCGAGGACUUCAGCCUCCUCCAGCGCUUCAACGGGCGCCGCAAGGAGCCGGGCCUCUACGCGUCGGACUGCGGCUUGGCCGAGAAGGAGAACGGCGGGGACGCCAUGAAGCGCUUCCUCAAGAUCGGCCUCGGGGCCAAAGGGCGGAGGCCUUCCUUGGUGGAAAAGCUCAACCAGACGGAGACCGUGGCCGAGGCGGAGACCGUGGCCGAGGAGGCUGAAGCCAAGGCCAAGGAGCCGCUCUCCGUUCUGGAAAUCCUGGGCCUGAUCCAGAAGCGGGACUUGCUGGUGGCCGACGAGCACAUCAUCGAGCUGGAAGCCGAGUGCGAAGCGGCCGACGCUCACCCGCCGACCCCGGAGGGCGAGGCCAACAAGGACGGCAGCCGCAAGGCCAAGGACGUGGCCUUGCUCUACGAAGCCCUGCAGAAGGAGCUGUGGUCAGUGCUGGCCGAGGCCUUGGCCUCCAAAAGCGCCCCCACGCCCUUGGAGAUGAUGGUGCGGGUCAUUGACCAGGAGGAAGAGGCCGACCGCAAGUGGACCGAGGCCAAAGUGGAGGUGCCGGCCAGGCGCAUAGGAGGGCGGCCGCGGGCCAUGAGGCGACGCUGGGCGGAGGCGGUGGGCGAGUUAGUCCAGCAGCGGCUGAGCCGGUGCCUGGAGGGCCAAGGCCGACCCACCGGACCUCUCGUGGCUCAGAUGGAUCGCCUGGCCAAGGCCGCCUUGGAGGACCUCUGCACCGUCAAGUUCCACCUCCUGCACGCCUACCCAAAGGACUACCAGGCCUUUGGGGUCUACCUCUGCGGCUACCACCAAGGUCUGGCCCAUCACCUGGCCCAAGCUGUCCAGAGAAGCUUGACCAUCUCCGAACUCUACUUCGUGCUGGACUGGAACAGCAACAUCUACCAAAGAGAAGUUUUGGGUCGAGCCGAAAUCUCAUCCCUUGUGAAGGGCCACGAUUUGGGUCCGCUGCUGCCUCCCGAGACCCAAUUCGAUCUGGAAGAGGAGUGCAUCGCCAAGGUCAAGGACAAGAUCAUUGACGACAUGGACCAAGCGCUGCAGAAGGAAGAAGAGACCUGGGCGCAAGAAAGCGAGGGGGACGGCGUCCAGAUCGGCCUGUCCAGCAAAGUCAUCAUGGUCUUAAAGGCUCAUGCGGACAAAGCCCCCCAAAUCACAGAGGAUUUCGGCAGAAGGAUGGCGCAUUGUUGCCUGAGCAGUCUAGCAGAGUUCUUGCAAAGUUUCCAAAGGAAGGUGGAGAUUUUCCACGCGCGGCAAAUGGAGAGUGCCUUGACGCCCGACUGCUACAUCGGCCGGACCAUCAUGCUGGUCAACUGCUGCCCGGCCUUCAGGGACUAUGCGGAGCGCAUGGCGAGGGUCAGCGGUGCGGAGAGCGAGGCCGCACAGCGCCAGGCCAAUGCCGCCCUGGACAGAGUGACCCGGCUCUGCAACCGGGUGCUGGCCACCCACCUCUUCCAAGAACUGAAGCCUUACUUCCACAAACUGAUGAAGAGGAAGUGGCUCAACAACUCGGAGGCCUUUCCGACCAUCAUGGCGCUCCUCCGGGAACAUGCCCAGAAGCUGAGCAAGAUGAAGCUGGAGCCCUACCAGAUGCUGGUGAAGGAGGUCCACCGCCGGGUGCUGAUCGAGUACAUCCGGCCCCUGAUGCGAGUCCGGCUCAUCUGCACCUCUUCCAAGAUGCGGGCCAAGGUGGCCAACAAGCUGCGCAGCGAAGCCAAGCAGCUGCAGGAAUUCUUCAUCCAGCUGGAGUCCACGUCGUCCUGGCUGGAUUCGGUAGUGCCGCACUUGGCCGGGAUCAUUGAGCUGGAGGACAUGCCGGCCAUCCAGAUGGAAGUCGGCUUCCUGGCCAGAGAGUUCCCGGAUGUCCAGAAGACGCACGUGUCGGCCAUCCUGGACGUGCGGGGCUUGCAGAACCAGGCGCAGCGGCAGGACAUCCUGGCGGUGAUGGAUGGGCUGGACGCCCCGGACGGAGAGGAAGCCCCUUCGCAGGACCAGUCCUUCUUCUCGGAGAUCCCCACCAGCGAGGUCUUCUGCGUCCGCGUCCAGCUGCACCGCAUCUCCCACCUGGGCCUCUCCUGCCUCUCGCGGUUGCGCCCCAGGGCCAGGAUGCGCCAGUUGCGCCGACAGCAGCAGCAGCUGCAGCAGCGGCAAAGGCGGAGGCCCAAGGAGGACGAGUCGCAAGUGUGAGGAUCGGGAGAUACGAGGAUUCCCAGUCCCCAAAGACGCCUCUACUGGGAGGGUUGGCGCUGCAACUGGGAGGACAAAGACUCUCCAGUCAUACACGCUCCAACUCUAUUAUUCCUUCCAAAAAUGGGACACAUCUUCACUGCUCUUUUUGGAGACACACCAUUGUUUUGCAAUAUUUUUCUCACCAUAUGGAAAACUAGCCUAUGCAUUGGCCUUUGCUCCCCUAUAAAGAAAAUAUGGUGCGUUAUUUUGCAAUAUUUUUCUCACCAUAUGGAAAACUAGCAUAUUUUUCUGGCCAUAUGGAAAACUAGCCUAUGCAUUGGCCUUUGCUCCCCUAUAAGGAAAAUAUGGUGCAUCGUUUUGCAAUAUUUUUCUGGCCAUAUAGAAAACUAGCCUAUGCAUUGGCCUUUGCUCCCCUAUAAAGAAAAUAUGGUGCGUCAUUUUGCAAUAUUUUUCUCACCAUAUGGAAAACUAGCAUAUUUUUCUGGCCAUAUGGAAAACUAGCCUAUGCAUUGGCCUUUGCUCCCCUAUAAAGAAGUAAGGUGCAUCAUUUUGCAAUAUUUUUCUCACCAUAUGGAAAACUAGCCUAUGCAUUGGCCAUUGUUCCACUAUAAAGAAAAUAUGGUGCAUCAUUUUGCAAUAUUUUUCUCACCAUAUAGAAAACUAGCCUAUGCAUUGGCCUUUGCUCCCCUAUAAAGAAAAUAUGGUGCAUCGUUUUGCAAUAUUUUUCUGGCCAUAUAGAAAACUAGCCUAUGCAUUGGCCAUUGUUCCCCUAUAAAGAAAAUAUGGUGCGUCAUUUUGCAAUAUUUUUCUCACCAUAUGGAAAACUAGCAUAUUUUUCUGGCCAUAUGGAAAACUAGCCUAUGCAUUGGCCUUUGCUCCCCUAUAAAGAAAAUAUGGUGCGUCAUUUUGCAAUAUUUUUCUCACCAUAUAGAAAACUAGCCUAUGCAUUGGCCUUUGCUCCCCUAUAAAGAAAUAAGGUGCAUCGUUUUGCAAUA